AUGUCCUCCAAGCUCGUCUUACCGGCACUCGUCCGCCGAACCCUCACCUCGUCCACCCGAAGCCUGCGGACACUUCCUAGAGCUGCGCCGUGCAGCAUUCGAGCACGCCUGCUGAGCGAGUAUAGGCCCGCAUUCCGGAUCGCAGGACAGAGGAGGGCAUUGUCAAGUACCGCAAGAGCUCGACUCGCGCAGCACGAUGACCGCUUCGACCCCAGCACCAUUGAGCGCGAAAUCGACGAGGUGGACGUCUGUAUCGUGGGUGGCGGGCCCGCGGGGCUGAGCGCAGCAAUACGGCUCAAGCAGCUUGCCAACGAAGCGGGCAAUGAGGAUUUCCGUGUGCUACUGCUAGAGAAGGCGGGCGAGCUUGGCGAUCACAUUGUGUCUGGAAAUGUGGUUGAGCCGUCAGCAUUGGAUGAGCUGAUUCCUGAUUGGAAGUCUGAGGACAACCCGAACCGGUUCCAGAACGUCACACCUGCCACGACGGACAAGAUGAGAUUUUUGACGAAGAACCGGGCUAUACCGAUACCGGCGCCGCCACAGAUGAAUAACCAUGGCAACUACAUCAUAAGUCUGAACCAGUUCGCCAAGUGGCUUGGAGAGCGGGCGGAAGAGGUUGGUGUGGAAGUAUACCCGGGUUUCGCAGCUUCGGAGGUGCUGUACACACACGAGGGUGCGGUAAAGGGCGUGGCAACCAACGACCUGGGCAUAUCGCGGAGUGGCAAGCCGAAGGAUUCGUUUGAGAGAGGUAUGGAGUUCCAUGCUCGCGUCACUCUGCUCGCAGAGGGCUGCCACGGAAGCCUGACAAAGCAGGUGGUGAAGAAGUAUGAUCUUAGGAGAGAAAGCCAGCACCAGACCUACGGCUUGGGCAUCAAGGAGGUCUGGGAGAUCCAGCCGGAAAAGUUCCAGCCAGGACUGGUGGUCCACUCGAUGGGCUACCCAUUACCCUCAGACACAUAUGGAGGCGGCUGGAUGUAUCAUUUUGGGGACAACCUUGUCAGCAUUGGCUUAGUAGUGGGACUGGAUUAUCCGAACCCUUGGCUAGCACCCUACGGCGAGUUUCAGAAGAUGAAGCAUCAUCCGUUAUACAAACAAUACCUCGAAGGCGGAAAAUGUAUAUCGUACGCAGCUCGGACCCUAAAUGAAGGCGGCUUCCAGUCGAUACCAAAGUGCGCCUUCCCCGGUGGUGCGCUUAUUGGCGAUACGGCCGGAUUCCUGAACGUCCCGAAGAUCAAGGGCACACAUACGGCCAUGCGGUCGGGGAUGUUAGCAGCAGAGGCUGCGUAUAAGGCGCUUACCGUGAACCAGGACAGGGGAGACAUUUUCCUCUUCGACUACGAAGAUGCGCUUCGGGAGUCUUCGAUCUGGAAGGAGCUAAAGCAAGUUCGAAAUAUGAGGCCAUCGUUUCACACUCCCCUAGGCCUCUAUGGAGGUAUUCUCUAUUCUGGUCUAGAAGCAUUUCUCUUCCGCGGCAAAACUCCAUGGACACUGAAGCACGGCAAGCCGGAUCACUUGGCUACCAAGACCGCCGAUCAGUGCAAGAAGAUCGAGUAUCCGAAAAACGACGGGAAGAUCAGCUUCGACAUCCUAACUAGCGUCAGCCGAACGGGCACGAAUCACGAGGAAGACCAGCCCGUGCACCUUCGGGUGGAAGAUUGGGACAAGCACGCCCAGGAGGAGUAUCCACGGUACAAAGGCAUUGAGAACCGGUUCUGUCCAGCUGCUGUGUAUGAGUAUGUGGAGGACGAGACGAAAGACCUGGGUGUGAGGUUCCAGAUCAAUGCGCAAAACUGUGUUCACUGCAAAACUUGUGACAUCAAGGUGCCGAACCAGGGCAUCAAGUGGACGACCCCACAAGGAGGUGAGGGGCCCAAGUACGUGAUGACGUGA